AUGGAUAUUGCAGCCGACUUUGCCCGUCGCGGGCUGCGCUUUGUCGGCUUCCUUGGAUGCGGCGCUUUCGGGGACACGUAUGUUGUUCGGGAUGCAAACGACACCUGCUUUGUUGUGAAGCGUUCAAAGUCGCUGGUGAAGCAAUCCGGCUUUCUCGAGGAGUAUCUCGGAAUGAUGAAUCUUUGCAGUCUCAAUGUCGUAACGUCCCACGACGCAUGGAUCGACCGCGAGAGCCGCGUUUGUAUUCUCAUGGACUAUUGCGACGCCGGGGAUCUUGGUGACUACCUGAAAAAGGACUACCCCUUGCCGGAGGAGGAGGUGCUUAAUAUUAUUGCUCAACUCCUCCUCGGGCUUGAUCACAUACACAAGAGAAACAGAGUGCACCGUGACAUAAAACCGGAAAACAUAUUCCUCUCAUCGGCGAGGGCAGGCGGCGGUAGGUGGCCGGUGGCAAAGCUCGGUGAUUUCGGAUCGGUGAAGCGCCUUUCGCGGUGUGGUGCGCGCGUCGUUUCGCGUGUCGGCACCCCGCUUUACCUAGCGCCAGAGAUUAUUGCGGGCUACGCCUACACAUCGAAGGCAGAUAUUUGGAGCAUGGGGCUUGUUGUGUAUCGUAUGAUGGUGAACGAUUCACCGUUUAAGGUCACCAGUGUGGACACUCACACAAGAUGUGUCCUUAGGCUUUCCCCUCCUCACCCUAGCACGCUGAGUGGGUACAGCCGAGCGCUUGGGGACUGCGUGAUGGCAAUGCUGAGCAGAAACUGGAAGCGCCGACCUAACGCGCAAGCACUACUGAGUUGUGAUUUGUUUCAACCAACGUUGCUGCGGCAUCUUUGGAUACCCGCGCUGCCACACGUAUCUGCGUGCCUGUUUGUGCAACUGCGGUCGUCACUGCUCGUGGUCUAUGCGGCACCGAAUGAGUGUGCCCAAACUCUACGCACCCUCGAAUUCGGCGAUCAAGUAUACCUUUCUUCUCCAAAGGAUCACUCGCACCAUGGCGUAUGGUUGGAGGUGUUGUACCCGUUUGCCGGGUUUAUCCGCAAUACGGGUACGGGGGAGCCUCUUUUUGACUGGUAUGCUUCCGAUGAGUGCACUGCCAGCAUCGGUAGCCCGAUCCAGUAUCCUGGAUCGGGCAGGGAAGCAUGUGUGUCGUAA